GCAUGCAUUGCUGACAGUGCAGCCGGGAGCCUGGAGGAGUUCGGCAGGGGGAGGGGAGGCGGCUGGCUGGGCUGGGCUGGGCGCUGCUGCUGGGGGGAUCCAGCCUGCUUGCCGGGGGGCGAGCACAGGAGAGUCCUCCCCUCCCUCCGCCGCCGCCUCCAGCUCGCCGGUCCCCCGGUCUCCCUGCCCGUCCAUCCUUCCCAUCCCCGGACACAUGGAACUGCUGUGCGUGGAAGGGGUGAUCCGGGCGAAGCGAGACCCGCAGUUGUUAAGUGACCGGCGCGUUCUGCAGAAUCUCCUAAGCCAGGAAGAGCGCUACAGCCCCCGUGCCUCUUACUUUCAGUGCGUGCAGAAAGAGAUCCAGCCCUACAUGCGGAAGAUGUUGGCUUUCUGGAUGUUGGAGGUUUGUGAGGAACAGAAGUGUGAAGAAGAGGUUUUUCCCUUGGCCAUGAAUUAUGUGGACCGCUACCUGUCCUGUGUGCCCACUCGCAAAAGCCACUUGCAGCUUUUGGGUGCUGUUUGUAUGCUUCUGGCCUCUAAGUUGCGAGAGACCAUUCCACUGACUGUGGAGAAGCUCUGCAUUUAUACAGACAAUUCUGUUGCACAACGUCAAGUUUUGGACUGGGAGGUUUUAGUCCUAGAGAAGCUAAAGUGGGAUCUAGUUUCUGUAAUAGCAAAUGACUUCUUGGAUCAUAUUCUCCAGCGGCUUCCACUUCCCCAGAUUAAAGUGGACUUGGUGAAGAAACAUGCACAGACGUUCAUUGCAUUGUGUGCUACAGAUUACACGUUUGCCAUGUAUCCACCAUCUAUGAUUGCCACAGGUAGUAUCGGAGCAGCAGUCCAUGGUCUCUCUGCCUCAUCUGAUUGUAUUUCUGGUGAGGAGCUUACAGAACUGCUUGCUAGCAUUACCGGCACAGAAGUGGACUGCCUGAAAGCUUGCCAAGAGCAGAUUGAAGCUGCCUUAGCAGAGAACCUGAAGCAGCCCUCCCAGCAUCCACAGGAAUACAGACCAGUCAAGAAUUCUGUUUACGAAGACAGCCAGGAAGUCAUCUUGACCAGCACUCCUACAGAUGUCACAGACAUCAACCUGUGACCAACUCUUCCCAGCAAGUAGAACUUCACAAAAGAGGCCCCCUGAAACAUUUUGCACAUGUCCGCUGAAGUACAUGGAGAAAUGAACAUAUAUUCCCAAAUAAUAAAAAUGGCAUUGGAGGGGCUUAGAUAAAUUAUGUGGGUCUCAAAAGGGAAUUGUCAUCUUGUCUUUAGGACUGUUUUGGACUUACUACUCUGUCUUUCCUAGGCUCAGGGGUGCUUUCUGUGAUGGGUGAGCCAUAUUUAAGCUUGGGAAAGAUAAGCAAGCUUCAUGUUGGUUAAAAAAGUUCAUCAGUUACGUUUGCUUUGUUGGUGGGGCACUGCUGAUCACUGCCAUUUUGUCCGUAUCAUUGCGAUGUGCUUGUUGCAUGUAUGUCAAUAAAGAAAACGCACUUUGAUAUUUAAACCAUAUUUGCCUUCCUUGAGGAAGUUCAAUAUUCACUCAAGACUUCCUCAUGCUGCCAUAUAUGGGCCCAAACUAUCUAGGGUGGCGCUGGAGUGCUUUGCCUAUUUUAUUCAGUGCCACUGAAAUCAGUUGUUGGUCUCGAAGGUGCCACUGGACUCAAAUCCUACUGAAGUCUUAGUUCUCCUUUGAAGGUUAUACUAGCACAACAAGCUCUCCAACUGCCACUUUCAGGGGAAGACAUUUGGACUUUUUUUUUCCUUUAGGUGCUAAUACAAUAGUGUUAGUGAAAGCUUGCUGGUAGAAAUUUCCUCCAUGCUCAGUGGAUGACUGCUUCCUGCUGCUCCCAAUUGCCUGUAGUCACUCACUUCUAUGAGAAGCAUGAGCUCUGUUGUUGGGAAGACGCUUUAGGAAGCAAUGAGGGGUGGGGACUUGGUAGAGUAUGUUGUCCUGGUCCAGCAUUCCUUGUCAUAUCAAAUAGUGCCUUAAUGUCUUUUAUAAAUUCUGCUUCUAGGAGAAUUACUUUGGGUUUCUUACUUGGGAGCAAUUAAGUCAAUGCCUGGAUUCCUCACAUUCUGAGUAUACUCAACAAGUGCUGCUAUAAGUAUAUGUAAAAAUCCCUUUGACUUUUCUCUCUCUCACACACACACACACACACAUAAAUAAAAGCAGGAAAGUUACAUGCAAAAGGAUGGAUGCAUGAUGGGAGCAUGAAGGCAAAAUAACUUACCUGCUGUCUUUCACUUAAAAGUUUACAAUGUCAUGAGCUGCAGACUGCACUGGAGUGUUCUAUUGUUCAGGAAAAAAGCCUUUUUCUUAAUGCUGCUUUUAUAGUAGAUUACUUUGGAGAAGUAUUUUAUUAGGUGUGGGUGUAUUAUAGAAAUGGGAGCAAAACUUGCCUUUUGUAUUCUGGUGAUAUUCCAUUCUUGUCCUCCAGCGGGGAAAGAUACGUAAAUUAAUGCUACUUAAGUCGCCACUGGAGAUCACUGCAUUUGUCAAGGAAAGCUUUUUCCAUUGUGCUUAAGCCCAAUAGGCCACAAUUAAUGUGCCAUCAACACUGAUGAAUGAAAAGUCUGUUUAUACUUGGUAGAAGUUUAGAGAGAAGGGGGGGGGGAAAUGCAGAUUAUGGAUGCUGAUAUAUAUAUCUAUAUUAGAGCUUUAAAUAAAGUUUGAUAAUAUGGUAUUAACUGUCAGUCGAACACCUGUUGGGAAAAAUAUUUUAUGAUGUUGCAAUAAAAGAAUUUUA